AUGCUUGUCAAGAUGGACGCUCCCAAGGUGGAGGCUGCGCCUUCAAUGUUGCUCCGCAUCGUCACCCAAAACGUUCGGUACGCCACAGAGCAUCCCACUCCUAAGGAGAAGCCGUGGAGCUUUCGCGGUCCAAGACUUUGCAACCAACUAGAUUUCAUCACAUCUGGUCACGAGUCGGCUUUCAUAUGCCUCCAGGAAGUCCUCUAUUCUCAGAUCGAGGACGUCCAGUCCUAUCUCGGUUCCGCCUGGGGUUACAUUGGGCUUGGCCGCGACGAUGGGAAGCGUGGUGGCGAGUUUUCUCCCGUAUUUUAUCAGGUUGACCGCUGGAAGUGCGAGCGAAGUGAAACACUUUGGCUGAGCAAAACGCCAGAAAAGCCGUCUAGAGGCUGGGAUGCAGCACUGAACCGCGUUGUCACCGUUGGGGAGUUCCUCGACAAAGCUACCGACACGAGGGUGGUGGUUAUGAGCACCCAUUUCGAUCACCAAGGCGUCGUGGCGCGCGAGGAAAGCGCCAAAUUGCUUCUCAGGAUUGCUCGGGAGUGGGGCAAGGGUGCAAACGGUAAACCACCGACUGCCGUUUUGCUCGCGGGCGACUUCAACAGCACGCCCGAGGAUAACGCAUACAAGACAAUGGUGGCACCAGAGUCAGGCAUGGUUGAUGUUUCAACACAGGUUCCGGAAGAAAAGCGGUAUGGCAAUAAGCUCACGUACACCUCUUUUAAUGAGCCGGACGAAGAGCCAUUAAGGAUCGACUUUCUGUUCGUCAAGGACCCGAGCCCCGUCACUAUCAAGACGUUUGGAGUGCUAUCCAACAAAUUCGAUGAUGACGUCUACCUGUCCGACCACAGGCCAGUCGUCGCCGACAUUGAGAUUCCUGUCUUACGGACAGGAGAAAUGUCUUAA